CCCCCAUCCUGCUGCAUCCGUGUGUGUGACGCUCCUGCAUGUGUGUGUGUGUGUGUGUGUGUGUUCAUGAAUGGAUCCACAGCCGGUCGGAAUCAGCAGCGUCUCUGUGCCCAGAGGUGACUAUGAGGACGCUUAUCUCUUCUUUAUUGUUUCACACCAUGAUCUGGGCCAGCACAGAAAUAGACCCCGCCCCCAAAAUUGACGGACAGCAGACCUCGUCAGUCACGGUACAGGAGAACUUCACUCACCAGUUCAACUGCCAAUCAGAGGGCUGGAAUCCUCAAGCCCCGCCCCUGCUGACCUGGUACCUGAACGGGGAGAGGCAGAGCGAGGUGACGGGCAGCCGGGGGGCGGGGCGUCUGGUUAUGACAUCACCGGGGGAUUCCGGAGUGCCUAGAUACGGGUCCGAGCGCAACAGCACGUUCACGCUCAAACCCAGACGCUGGGACCGAGAGCUGGUGUGUGCGGCGCGAAACCCUGCCGGAGGAGAGAGUUACAACGCCACCGUCACGCUCAACGUCCAGUUCCAGCCGGAGAUCUUGCGUGUGGACGCCCACUACAGCGAGACCGCGGACCCCGGCCUCUCCCUCAUCCUCUUCGCUUUGGUUCGGUCCAACCCCCCCGCCACCAUCACCUGGGUGGAUCGGUCCGGUCAGCUGCUGGCCAACAGCUCCGACUUCCUCAUCCUGGACUCCCGGAGCCAUCCGUGGCUGGCCAAUCACAGCCUGCAGGUCACUCUGAGCAGCCUAUCAGGAAACAUCUCGGUCAACGCCAACAACAGCCUUGGCUCCGCCCACAGCAACCUCACGCUCACAGAUUUCCUGCAGUCGCGAGUGGAGGUGCCGAUGUUCGGGAUAGUGACGGGUGGUGUCGCCGGCGUCGUCACCCUCCUCAUCUUCACCUUGAUGGUCUUCUUCCUCCUGCAGAAGGACAAAACCAAAGCCAUCGAAGAGCCCGUCGGAGCGCAUCUGUCCUCCAAACGGAACGAGAUGGUGAAGAUUCAGGUGAACGGUUUUUAUCUCCCCAGAGAGAACAUGUCUUUACCGUCUCACGUGCAGCUGAACGACGACCGCACGCUCUGUAAGGGGCAGAAGAUCUCCAGACCAAACACACUGGAGAGAAGACGCGCUGACGAGGAAGAGGAGGAUCUGUCUGCGGCCUACGCUGCCCGAGGUUUCGCUCGCUAUCCGAUGGUGGGAUACAUCUAUAAAGUGAGCAGCACCAGCAGUGACGAGAUCUGGCUAUGAACAUCUGGACACUCUGACCUCUGACCUCACGAGGCCUGAUCCAGCUCAACCCUGACAGCAGGCAGAAGAUCGGUUUCAGCGUUCUUAUCACUCGACAAACAUCAACACAGAUUUACUGACAAAUUUUGACUGCAGCUCAAGAGUUUGAGUGACAGACUGCUUUGUCCUGGUGAAGAACUACACUACCCAUAAUGCACUGAGCAGAGAAAACGCUGCUACUAUGGAAACGGGGACUUUCCCCCACAGACUUGCUAGGUAUCAGCAAACUAACAUUAGUUAAUUGUAUUGUGCUGGUGACGAUUCUCUCAUACAAUCAGAAAACGCUUGAAUUCAGCGACAGAGAUUCAUGGAUCCGUAGUUCAUUUAGAAGUACCUGUACAUGAAUGGACUGUAAAUAUGUGCUCUCAUCAGUAUUUACCCAGAGUUCAUUGCUGCUAUACGGAAUGAUGCUACAUCAUAUUUAUGUAAAGGAAUGUUCAGUUAAAUAUGCAGAUUUUGUGAAAUACAUGUAUUUAGAUGAAUAGAAAUAUAAAGAUUAUUGAAAUCAUAUUUGUAAAGCUCAUUCUGAGUCUGAUCCAGCAGGAGGCGCCACUGGUUUAACUUUACCUGAGCUUAGUUAGCUAGUGCUAGUUUAUUCUUACUCCAGUGUGAUUGUCCUUCUCUUGCUUGUGAAAGUUGCUGUAUUAUUAUUAUUGUGAGAAAUAGGCCUACCUCAAUAAAGUCUAUAGAGAAUAACACAUCA